GCAUACAGCUCUAUCUGCCUUUUUUUUCCCUUUCCUUAAAUAGCGAAAGAACGGAGCUUCUUCCUGCCAUGGACGACGUGGAGCUCAGUGAGCUCGUGAGGAAGUUCCAAUCUCUUCAGAGGGAGGAGGUGUCGAACCAGAUCACAGAGCGCAAUGCGGUGGAGAUUGUGAACUCGCUGAUUCAGAAGAAGCUCGUCGACUUGCUCUUCACCACGGACGCCAAGGAGUACCUCACUUGGGAUGAGCUGAAGCGCGAGAUCGUGGACGAGGUCGUGGCCAACGGCGGACGCCUCAACGUCGUCGACCUCCCUGGCCUGCUCAGCGUACACACCUUUCAGGUUGAGCGUGUGCUGCCGAGCGUGCUGGAGGAGAACCCCUCCAUGAUCCUGGAGAGCGGAGAACUCAUGACGGAGGGCUACCUUGAUUCCAUCGUGCUGGCAGCGGGCGACCUGCUGCGAGAGCAGGGCUCGCUGGCCGUUACGCAAUUCGCUUCCAUGCACCAGCUUACCUCCGUAUUUGCGAAGGAUUUGCUCCAAAAGGCGAUCGAGAAGGCGCUGCUGGACGCGGUUAUGCAGAGCUCCUCCCUCUACACAAAACAGUUCGUCAAGCUGCAGCGGAUGAUAGUGCGGGCUGGCCUGCUGGCAGCGGAGGAGCCCGUGCGGCUGGACGCCUUCUACAAGCGCAAUGCGCUCUUUUUGCCGCUGCUGGACACGGUGGUGGAAGCGGUGCGCACUGAGCUGCCCGGCAGCUUCGACAACUACCACACCUACGUUCCACGUGUGUUUGAGGCGAAGCGCACGGCGGAGGUGCAAAACCUGUACGCGUCCAACGGCUACAUCGAGUACGCCCCGCUGCAGCGCCAGGGCAUCCACAACCCGCGUCAGUACCUCGUGGAGCACUACAACCCGGCGGAGGCGGUGUUGGACGGGCCGGAAUCGCCGUCCGCGUCGCCGACUUCGAGCGGGUCGCCGCAUGGCCGCCGCGGUCGUCGCAAAGGGCAGGGCGGAGGGAAGCCAGUCAAUGCAGCGAAGGAGGUGGGACGAACGCUGGUGCGUGCGAGCGCGGAGCACCCUCUCUGUGGGUACCCCCUGGCGAACGGCUUCGUGUCGGAUCGCUUUAUUAGCAACUUGCCGGCGGUGCAGAGCGUCGCGGAGGGCGAGGUGCUCGCAGUGGACGUGACGGAGCAGCUGCCGCUGUUUGUGGAAGUGGAGAAAGACUGGCCGGCGCUGGAGCCGCGUCUGCGCGAGCUCUACCCUGGACUGGAGAGGGUGUCGUUGGUCGCCGAAAGCGUAUUGCUCUCCCCUGCUGCGGAGGAGAAGGUGAACGCCGCUCUCCCAGCCGCAUUCAGAGCUGCGAGCAAGUCGAAGUUAAAUCCCAGCGCGGUGGCAGCGGACACCAUUGCCUCCGUUUUGAAGCUGCCGCGUGAUCGCUAUGCGGAGGUGCUGCGGGAGCUGAGCGACAUGUGGGCCGACGCGAUCGACGUGGUCCAGCAGCAGUUAGGAGCAUCCGCUGCGAAGAGCGCCGCUGCCGAAUUGAAGCAGUCGCGGGCGUCUCUGCAAGAGGAGUUGGCUGCUCGCUGGAUCGACCUUGGCAUCCUUGCGAAGGGCGUGGAAUGGGCGGUAGCGCAGCUGGACGAGCAAGUCGCUGCGGCCAUCGUGCGCAACGUCAUGGCCACACACGCGUACCACUUGGCGCGUCAGGUAAUUCGCAACGAGAGCCUCGACUCGCCAGAGCUGAGCGAUAAAGUUGCCGUGGCGCUAAGUGACGUGAGCCAACCUGCACAGCUUAAGAAGGCGCUGCAGCCGUUCUCGGAGAGUCGUCGCAACAGCCUGCAGCCCAUCAUCACCACGCUGACGGGCAAGUCUCUCGAGCCGUUUUUGGAGACGCUGCGCGAAAUGGGCAGCUCCGGCGUGAUCGCCGUGGCUUCCUUCCACGCGCCGAGUAAGAAGGUCGAGCGGGACGUCUACACACGGAUGAAGGAGGCCGCCGUGGAGGAGGCAAGGAGUUCUCCUGCCUCGUCGGAGGAUGCCGCGGCAAACGGCAGGUUGCUCUCUGCGAUUUGCACCCUCCUCAUCCACCUCGUCUUUCACUGCGCCGUGGACAUUCCCGGCAAAGCCGUCGGCGGCGUGGUGACGCGACUGAUGGCGGAGACAGCGGUGCCGAGGACGCUCGAGCCGGCGAAGGAGAGCGUCAUUUCCGCCCUGCAGAACAACGCGGUGGGGAGUGCCGGGGCCGCGUUGCUGGAGGAACUGCGCCAGGCCGUGCUGGCCAUGGCGUAG